CGUGCGGGGGGAUGCGCCGCGCCAUGGCCCGCGCCGCCGUGGGCGACGACGACUACGGGGAGGACCCGGCAGUGAACGAGCUGCAGCGCUUGGCUGCGGGGACUCUGGGAACGGAAUCGGCUCUGUUCGUGCCCACGGCCACCAUGGCAAAUCUCAUCGCCGUGAUGUGCCACUGCCAGCGCAGGGGGGCUCAGCUGUUCCUGGGCCAGGACAGCCACCUGCACCAAUACGAGCACGGCGGGGCCGCGCAGGUCGCUGGUGUGCACACCCAGGCACUGCCAGAUCUGCCGAAUGGCACAUUUGACCUGGACCAGCUGGAGCUGACCAUCCGUGAGGCCCACGACAGCCGGUACCACCCGCGCCCUGAGCUCAUCUGCCUGGAGAACACACACAGCUCGGCGGGGGGCCGGGCACUGCCCCUCACCUAUCUCAGGCAGGUCCGUGGGCUCGCUGACCGUUACGGGCUGCGGGUGCACAUGGACGGUGCACGACUGAUGAAUGCAGCAGUGGCCCAGGGUGUGCAGCCAGCUCAGAUUGCCCAGCACUGUGACUCUGUGUCCCUCUGCUUCUCCAAGGGCCUGGGUGCCCCGGCUGGCGCGGUGUUGGCAGGGUGCAGGGAGUUUGUCACCGAGGCCUGGCGUGUGCGGAAGCUGCUGGGCGGGGGCAUGCGGCAGGCGGGAGUGCUGGCGGCUGCUGCCCGCCUCGGGCUGCAGCGCGCGGAGGCGACACUUGGCAGAGACCACACCAACGCCCGGCGCUUUGCAGAAGGUAUCCAUGUGCUGGACUCUCCCCUCUUGUCCAUUAACCUGGCAGCGGUGGAGACCAACAUCGUGAUGCACGGACUGCGCGCGCUGUCUGGCACCGCGACAUCUCGGACCGUGACACCGAGCUCGCAAGGAGAAAGCUGGAAUUUGUGGCCAGGAAGUGCCAGGAGGAACUGGCCUUGGGACUGCAUCCGAUGUCUCCAGGCACUGGGGGAGCCUGAACAUUCUGCCAGCCCCACAGCUGCAGCAGUUGGGCAGCUCAAAGCAAGGACUGGGACCAGCCCCUUUGUGCUCCAGAUGUGUUCCCAGCCAUCACAUCAGCCCUCACAGGCAGCCUGACAAACCAAUGUGAGCCCAGCCUAGCAGAGACCCCAGCCCUUGAGGCAGUCAGUGCACAAAAUAAACACAUUUUACUGUAGUUAGGUGUCGCCCUGAGAAUUAAGCCUUUUGAUCUUGUUUUCAUAGUUUCUAGCUACUUUCCCAGGAAAGUAACUAUAAACAUAGAUAUUUAUACAUUUC